UAUCCGGAACUAUUCAGGUUCGGCGUGGGUAACAAUAUGCUGUAUGGCGAAAUCUCGAAAAACUGGGGGGAGUGUCAAAAUUUACAGUGGUUGUACCUAUCUGGUAAUAAGAUUACGGGCAGAAUACCUGCGGAACUUGGCAAGCUGAAGAAGUUGAAUCUACUUUAUCUGGACUCAAAUCAUUUAUCAGGCGAAAUUCCAAGCAGUUUGUUUCAACUGUCUUCGUUGAUCAACGUAAACUUGAGUCACAACCAGCUUUCGGGGAAACUGCCGCUGACAGUUGGAGAGUUAUUCAACUUACAAUUUCUCGACCUGUCAAACAAUAAGCUAGUCGGAACGAUACCGGAACGACUUGGAGAAUGUACGAGCUUGCUCUACUUGAAUUUAAGAACUAACAAUUUGAGUGGAAGCAUUCCUUUUCAAAUUGGAAACUUAGAUUCAUUAUCAGUUGCAUUGGAUCUUAGCGGAAAUGAGAUUACCGGAGAGAUACCACCAGAACUCGGAAAGCUAACCAAGUUGGAAUCGUUCAAUCUAUCUCACAACAAGCUUUCCGGUUCCAUUCCGUUAUCAUUCGACAGUAUGCUUAGCUUGACGGCCGUUGAUGUUUCGUCCAAUGAGUUAAGUGGCUAUGUCCCGAACAUUGCUGCUUUUGAGGCAGCUCCUAUUGAUGCACUGAAGAACAACAAAGCUCUAUGCGGCGAGAAAUUUAAAACCUUAAAUCCAUGCAAUUCUGUGGUGAACAAGAGAAGGAAAGCGUCUGACAACCGUUUCACCGUAAUCAUCGUACUUUGCUUUUUUCUCACAUUAUUUCUUUUACUAGCCUUGCUUGCGAUUGUUUUUUACUUCCGGAAGAAGGUUGUGAGAAAUGCAGAUACUGUUACUGACAAAGAAGGGAAAAGUGAAAGGAGAAACUUAUUCUCGGUAUGCAGUUUCAAUGGAAGAAUAGUAUUUGAAGAUAUCAUUGAAGCAACAAAGUAUUUUGACGCUAAAUAUUGCCUCGGGACGGGCGGUUCCGGGAGUGUUUAUAAAGCAGAGUUGUCAACAGGUCAGGUUGUUGCUGUGAAGAAACUUCAUUCAUCUGACGCUGAUUCUGAAGUAGCUGAUGUCAAGUCUUUCGAAAGUGAGAUUCGUGCAUUAACAAAAAUUCGACACCGGAAUAUAGUGAAGCUUUACGGGUAUUUUUUUACACAGAAAAACAACUUUCAUUUCUAGUAUAUGAGUAUUUAGAGAGGGGGAGUUUGGCAAAGAUUUUAAGAGACAGCGAACAAGUGGCGAGCUUUGACUGGAGCAAGAGGGUGAAAUUUAUCAAGGGUAUGGCCAAUGCAUUAUCAUACAUGCACCAUGACUGCACACCCCCGGUAGUUCACAGAGAUAUAUCAAGCAACAACAUCUUGUUGGAUUGUGAUUAUGAAGCUUGUGUCUCCGACUUUGGUAUCGCGAGGAUUUUGAAACCUGAUUCAUCGAAUUGGACUUCACUUGCAGGAACUUAUGGUUACGUUGCGCCAGAGCUAGCCUAUACAAUGAAGGUGACAGAGAAGUGCGACGUAUAUAGUUUUGGAGUGGUAACAUUGGAAGUACUAUUUGGAGCGCAUCCAACCGAAUUCAUCUCAUCAUCAAUCACUCUUUCAUCUGCAUCAUCAUUAUCUUCGCCUCCGGAAGUUUUCAUUGACCGGAAUAUGCUAUUAAAAGAUGUACUUGAUCCACGUCCUGAAGCACCAGAGGAUAUUAUCGCGAACGAAAUCAUGCACAUUGUGAAGUUUGCGUUUUUGUGUGUGCAUAAGGAUCCACAAACUCGGCCAUCUAUGCAAGAAGUAUCCACAGAGCUAUCAUCAGCUCGUAGUAGACCGAACUUCCCAUCGCCUUUCCAGACGAUCACAUUAGGCCAACUAGUAUUGUAAUUAUA